GCUCGUCUCAUCCCAAUGUAAUAUCCGGUAUGGGCUGUUUCUCCCCGUUCCCCAUUUCAGCAACGACUUCCCUUGUUCCUACUUCCUGAGGGGUAGGGCCUAUAUUAUGGCGUUCUGUACCCUCCAGUAGCAUCUUGUUGACUCUUCCCAUGUUCCCCUCACGCGAGGAGCACUCCGGGUCCCCCCGCUCCCCGCCAUCAUCUCCCUCUUCAUCCACGUUGUCUCUUGAUGAAGAACAAACCAACACUCGCCUCAAGCCUGACUGGUCAAAAUAUCGGAGCAUCUUCGAGUGUAAUGGAUAUCACCUCGAGACCGCGCGAGAUGUCAAGGAUUAUUAUCUCCAUAAUGACAGGCGUGGCAUGAGCCCCGCAUAUCGUCGCGCAUGCGCAUUGCAAGAUGAUGACGCAUUGUGCGGAGAUCCUGGUUUGCCCGACAAUCUUUUCAGAGGCACCCGCUACAAAGAUGGGAAGAAGCUGGUAGUCAAAGCCGUCCAUCCACUCAGCAGAGAGCUGGAUAUUGCGCGAUACAUAUCCUCGCCAGCGUUGCGCGGAGAUCCCAUGAAUCAUUGCAUACCGAUACUUGAUUUUCUCGACGUUCCCUCGGACGGAAUUUGCUUUGUUGUUAUGGAAGAGUGGUCCUCAUGCCUGCUAUCCCAUCUGCCAAUCACACUGCACGAAUUCCUAUCAGCUAUCCACCAAUGCAUUGAGCACGUCGUCUUUUUGCAUAGGUAUUGCAUCGUACAUUUCGACAUCUCCAUAUACAACUUCGUUACCGACUACCGCGGUCAUUACGCUUGCAUAGACUAUGAGUUAAGCCGAAGGCUUGACAUCGAUGGCCCUCAAGUCUUCUCACUUCGGGGGACGGAAAUUCCCCCCGAACUUGAGCGUGGAGAAGCGAGCGAUCCCUACAUGGUAGAUAUAUGGGCUUUAGCCAUGCUGAUUCUCAGAUCGUGCGAAGCAACUGGGUUCGGCAUUCCAGAGCUUUUCCACAUCGCAAGAAGUAUGCUCAAUGAGUGUCCUGACAAACGACCUUGUGCCUUAGCGGUGCUUCGAGCGUUCAGGCGACUGCUCUGGAUCAAUGGAAGACCUUCUCAGUAGAAGGGCCUCUUGAACUUACUAUCAAUAAUUGCGUUAUUACUUGAUCCACCACACCAGUUCAUAAGGCAACUUACGAAGCCGACCGAUGUAGGAUUGAGACCCACUUAGCUAAUAUCACUAAGGUUAAUCGAGGCUGCCAGUCCUGGUUUAUAUUUCA